UAUACACCUAAGGCCCAUCCUGCCCUCGUUGCGAUGCGCUGUGUUAUCAAUAAGCGUCCAUUUAAGUUUUCGGCUGAUCUUCUACACAUCGAGGCAGUCAAACUAUUGCGCCCUGGAGUGAUUGCACCAUCUACACGCACGGUGUCGCGCGACAUCGACGAAACUUAU